UUUCCCUUUCAUUUCUAACCAUUUCAUUCCUCUUCGAUAAUACAACGAACAAAUCCUUAACGAAAAAUCAAUCAAUAAACGAACAAAACAAAAUUGAAACAAAAACUUCAAAUACUCAGUCAAAAUUAACGGGAUUGUAAAAUGUCGAUUGAUUUGAUACUGAAACCUUCAUGUAGCAGGUGCGGUUCGUCAUCAGAUUUGUAUGGAAGUUCAUGCAAGCAUUUGACUCUUUGUUUGUCUUGUGGUAAAAACAUGGCUGAAACACGCGAUAAAUGCUACGAAUGUGGCACUCCUAUUACGCGAUUGAUUCGAGAGUAUAACGUUCGGGCUUGCUCCAGCAAUGACAAGAAUUAUUUCAUUGCUAGAUUUGCUUCAGGCUUACCUAAAUUUUCAAAAAAGAAGAAUGACAGUAAAUGGACUUUACAAAAAGAAGGUCUGCAAGGGCGUCAAGUUACGGACACUUUGCGGGAAAAGUACAAGAAUAAACCAUGGCUAUUAGAGGAUGAAACUGGCCAAUUUCAGUUCCAUGGUCAGCUUGAGGGAGCACAGUCAGCACAAUAUUAUCUACUGAUGAUGCAGGGUGAAGAGUUAUUUGCUAUUCCCGCUGGUUCUUGGUAUAACUUCAACAAAGUUGCCCAAUAUAAGCAACUUACUCUGGAGGAAGCAGAAGAGAAAAUGAAAAAUAGAAGAAAAACUGCAGAUGGGUACCAGAGAUGGAUGAUGAAAGCAGCAAAUAAUGGACCUGCUGCUUUUGGUGAAGUAGAAAGAUUUGAUGACAAAGAAAGUGGAUCUGGUGGGACAAGGGGGCGUAAGAAAGCUUCUGGUGAUGAGGACGAAGGCAACGCGUCAGACCAUGGGGAUGAAGAUGAGGAAGAGGAGGCUGCUAGGAAAAACAGGUUGGGACUCAACAAAAGAGGCGAUGAUGAUGAAGAGGGUCCUAGAGGGGGCGAUCUUGACCUGGAUGAUGAUGAUAUUGAAAAAGGGGAUGACUGGGAGCAUGAGGAGAUUUUUACGGAUGAUGAUGAAGCUGUUGGGAUUGAUCGUGAGGAGGAUUUGGUGCCUGAAAUUCCUGCUCCUCCUGAGAUUAAGCAGGACGAUGAUGACGAGGAUGAAGGUGAAGAAGAGGGAGGAGGGGGUUUGAGCAAAUCUGGAAAAGAGUUGAAAAAGUUGCUUGGAAAAGCCGAUGGAUUGAAUGAAUCAGAUGCUGAAGAUGACGAUGAUGAUGAUGAUGAUGCAGAAGAGGAUAUUUCACCCGUAUUAGCCCCUAAGCCGAAGGAAGCUCCUAAAGAAGAACCGAUUGAGACCAGCAGUCCUUCGAAACCAGCUGCUGCUGGAUCCAACCGUGGAACUCCAGCUUCAAAGUCGGCUAAGACUAAAAGAAAAGCUAAUGGAGAUGAGUCAAAACCAACUAAUGGUGCUCCCCUGAAAAAAGUGAAAACAGAGACGGAUGCGAAACCUGGGAAAGAUGAAACUCCAUCUACUGCAAAGAACAGUGCUCUCCCAAAGGGUGCAUCGACCUCUUCCAAAACUGCUCCAAGUACUGCCACAGGUCCUGUUACUGAAGAUGAGAUUAGAGCUGUUCUAUUGCAGAGAAAACCAGUGACCACACAGGAUCUUGUCAGCCAAUUUAAAUCUCGUUUGAAAUGUAAAGAGGAUAAGUCUGCUUUUGCCGACGUAUUGAGGAAGAUCUCCAAGAUACAGAAGACUGCUUCAGGAAGUAGCUAUGUCGUGUUACGAGAGAGGACAAAUCAAUAGGGCAAACCAAGAUAUCAUUGGCUACAAAUUGGUUGAGAUCGGGAGAAUAUAAGGGGUUGGAAAAGAAACUGAACUUUGUGUUUUGUUGGACGUUUAAAACCUUAUACAAUGAGCAAGCUUUGCUUUGUUUGUAAUAGUCUCGAAUGAUCGUCGCAGUAGACAAAUGAGCCGAAAAUGGCAAAAAAUCUGUGCGAAGGGUUGGAUAAACUCGUAGAUAGAUGUGUUCCUAGGCGAAAAUGUGACUUGAAUCAAGUUAGUAUGAUAGAAGGUAUGUUAUAUACAAGUAAAGAAUUUUUAUA